UUCAUUUGUUCCCUUUCCCCAUCGGCACUAACUGCGCAUGCGUGGCGAUUCGGCGUGGUUUUGUAAGGAAACAGACGCUGGUGCUCCGGAAGCGCCGAAACAACCAUGGCUGAAGAAAGUACCAGUGGAAACACGCCCCCUGCGUUUACCUUCGGCGACGAAGCAACUCCGAGCACAAGCCAGGAAUUCUUGCAAGGCACUUCGUGCACUUCUGUGUUGCACUACGAUUUGUGACGACUCCUUCGAAGACCUGUGGAACGCACUGAACAGCCACAAUGAUGCGACGGACUUCACUGGUCAUACACAUGUCACUGAAAGCGGUAUCACCAGUUCCCCUACUAUGGUGUUCAGCAACAGCAUCAGUCAUGCACUGCCCGGUACAAGCCGCGCUGCCAUGGAGGAAGCGUCGGCCAUUCCGAAAAAACAUUGCUGGACGGCAGCAAGUCGAGGACGACGGUAACAACGAUUGCAUGGUUUCUACGAACGAUCCAAUUAUUGUGAAAGAUGGGCAUGGAGAGCGAGAUGGCCAUGUCACCUGCUUGCCGCGUGAAGCGCCGUCUGCAAGCUUCGCCUCAGCAGCGUCUCAUGAGGCCUUGAAGCUGCAAGCCUGUAAAUUUCCAAGGCCACUUCUGUUCAGGCGGAGCGCGUCUAGAUAGACACGCUGGCUGCAGGCCUGCUGCUUCGUCUUCCCAACGCCCCGAAUGGAAUGACAGCACCAAGGUCCCGGCUACCUUUGACAAGUUCUGCACAAAAGAGGCGCACAAAAGGGAACGUGCUUUUGCCAAGGCACCUAGGAAGACAGGACGAGGUGCGGAUGCUCUGGGGAAGAUGGACGCAAAGGGAGAAGCGACCAAACCACGUACGCCCGGCGGGUUGGCCCCCCUCGAGCUGCCGGACUUCUCUUUCCUCUUCAAGAAAGGAUGCUUCUCUCCUGACUGUUCGGACCCCAGCCAUUUUCAGUGUUAUCCUAAAAAAAAACCUCGCAUGUUGUAGCUGCCACCUCAUGGCGCAACCCUUUUAAUUGACAUCCGUAUACUUAUGUGUCUUUAAUACUCAUUUUAAGACAAAUGUGAUUUUAUACCCGCUACCUACCUGAUUUUACCUGUGUUUUUACUUUGCCGAUGCUUAUACCCGAUUUUACCCAUGUUGACGACGCCUAUUUUAUUUCUUAGGGUUUUAUUGUAAUAAGAGUCGUGAGGUGGCGGUAAAUGUUACCUAGCGUGCAGCACGCAAUGAUUCCACUCGUGGGUAUGUGGCGGACAGGAACUUUUGACCAUACUACAGCCGGUAGAUAAUCUCUUCAUGUGCAUGUUGGUCUACUCGUGGGUGCAGCGCGGCAAAGAUGCAUGUCAUCGUCUCCUGGCGUUGUUUAGAGCUAAUAUAGCAAGAAAUCUUCCAUAGAAUACAAUGACUUGAUCAGGCUUCGGUAUGUGUCUCCCUUUCGGGACUUUGUGGUGUAAUGCGAACUCUUUACGGAUGUCUAAGCCUGUAUAAGUAGAGCUGAAGAAUGCCACGUACAACAUUCGUAUGGCAUAUUUCAAGAAUUGCUCUAGGUAGGCUACGAUCGGUUUCCGUCCAGAAGUCAGCCGUGCUAAUUUCUCCACUCCUGGACUCUUAGUGUGGCUCAUACCCUACAUUGUGUAAACGCAAACAGAAACCGUACCACCGAUCAGAUAAACAUCUGUUGAAUACUGCAGUGGUCAGCAUUUUCUGCUUGUUAAUUGCCUUACCGCCCAUGUGCUCUACUCUUUUAUUGUUAGAAGCA